CGCUGCGCACGCAGCAAAAGUAUGGCGACGUGGGAGAGCGGAAGGUUUCGGGAGGAUGCAACCGUCGACGAAAUUGAAGGGAACUUUGACGAUAUCCUCGUGACACACGACCUGCAAGAUUGCCUUGACGACAGUCUUGAUCUCUCCAAUUUUGGCAAGGUUUACGAGCAGUCAGUGGCCUUAGAUUACGCCAAGUCCGACGACGACUCUUCCUACAUCGAGAGGUUGCGCGAUGACAGCACUGGAUAUAUACAUCACACUAUCAGUCCCGAUGAGAUUUACAUGCGAAUCCGUCCAGGGCAAGGAGAUUCGAUGCCUGAAGACCCUUCCCAUGCCACCAUAACAAUAGAGAGUACCGACCCAGAUACAAAUCAAAAACAUAUUAGCCGAUAUACUUGCGAGUAUGAUGGAUGUUCACGUACCUACAGCACAGUUGGAAACUUAAGAACUCACAUGAAAACUCAUAAAGGCGAGUAUCGGUUUAAGUGCGCGGAACCGAGUUGCGGCAAGGCCUUUCUAACGUCCUACAGCCUAAAGAUCCACAUUAGGGUACACACAAAAGUUAAGCCCUUCGAAUGCAACCACGGCGGCUGUGAGAAGGCAUUCAAUACCCUUUACAGACUGAGAGCUCACCAAAGACUUCACAGCGGCGACACCUUCAACUGCGAAGAGACCGGAUGCGUCAAGUACUUCACUACACUAAGCGAUCUCAAGAAACACGUCCGUACUCAUACUCAGGAGCGACCCUACAAGUGCCGAGAAAAGGGCUGCGGUAAAGCAUUUACCGCCUCGCAUCAUUUAAAGACCCACAAGAGGACCCAUACCGGAGAACGACCGUACAUGUGUACUUACGGCAAUUGCAAGAGGUCUUUUACGACUCCUCAUAGUCUGAAAAGUCAUCUUAAAACUCACAAGAAGGUUAACAACGGCGAGCAGGCGCAGAAAGAAAAGGAGAAGUCAUGCGGCGGGUCGGAGAACGAAGGGAAUGGUGGCACAUCGGAAGCGCAAAUCGAAAUUAAGGAGAUUAACAUUAAUAAUAGCACUCUACCGUCCUAUGCAAUCAUACCGAUAACUACAAACAACGGACAAAACGGCGAGAAUGUAACAUACGUAGCAACCCAAAGCGUUAAUGAAAAUAACACUACCGCCGUGAUAGAUAUUCUAGGCAGCGACGCUAUCGCCUUUGACAGUGGGCAUGGCUACGAAGUUACCUUUAAUAGUGCCAAGGACAUUAACAACAUCAAGUUGCCCAUACAUCAGUUCGUGUCGGACAAGUCGAAUCGCAUCACCCUAGUUUCGUCGGACAUCAUGAUAAAUAGUUUCAAUCAAACCUCCGAGAAUUUCAACGGUAAUCAAAAAUAUGAGAAAUUAAAGUUAUUCAAUGUUAUCACCAACCGUACCUCCGAAGGCAACGAUGUACCGGCGAGCCAAGAGGUUCCUGCAGCAUCACAUAGCGGCGACACCGGUAAAGAAAUUCAGCCAUCUCCCUUGAAUCUGCAACAGAAGAUAAUGCGGAACGGUCUACAGAAUACAAUAGCUCAGAUAUCGGAAGCGAAGGACUUUCCGAGCAAUGCGAAAGAGGAUAAAAAAGCUUCGGUCAAUCCUGCGAAAGAAUUGACGAGUACGGUAAAUGCCGAGAACGCCACGUUUUUUGACAAUGGCAAUUUGGUAACAGUCAGCGACGAUGUUCGGAUAUUUGAUGCUGGUUUAGAAGUCUUGCCAUACGUAGCUGACGCUAGUUCACAAAAUGGUAAUUGCAUAGCCGGUAUUAAUCCUUCCCUAGAAUGCAACGCUCUCACUAGCGGACAGUCCGAAGCUGUUGAGUUGGCUAUGGCCUCCGAAGAGGAAUUACCGUCGCCUUGGAUAGAUGUUAUGGCUUUAGCAACAGCCCCAGCAUUGCGGACUCAAUCCUGGUCGGAGUUAAAUGCAUUUCCAACUGCUGUUCAUUCAUUGGUGGACCUCGUAGGACCAGAGCCCUACCCAUUAGAAUUGAACAGCCCGACACAAGAUGGCCAGAUCCUGGAGAACGUUAACGGUUUGGACACCAGCGAUAUCGUUAACGUCCAGGUGGUCGAAGACCGACUGGAAAACAUCGUUGAGUCUCGCUUGGAGAACAUGGAGAACACGAACGAACGACCGGAGAACUUGGCGAACCCUAGCAACAGAGAACUAUCUACGAAGAAGGACAGGAACGUCCUUCAGGAAAUCACCGCCGAUGCGGAUAUUUGUAAAUGCUUGGAUUGCCGGUGCAAUCAUCAGCAGAACUGCCAAAAUUGUUCGUCUCAAGACGAAAACCUGGGAUUUCAGGACGUGCAGGAGAAAAUGACCAGGUCCCAGGAGACGGUCACUUGUUCCAAGAGACACGUCCAAGAAAAAGCCGAAGGUGGCAAUCUGAGCUCUUGUUUCCAAAGCGAUUGCCUCUGCGGGGACAACUCGGGCGGUUGUAGUUGUUGCUGCGUUGUCAUUUGCUUGAAGACCCUGGAACAAUUACAGAGCGUGUUCCAGCGCAACUGUUGCAAGGAAAUCGAGGCUGUUUGUAAAGGAAAGACAUCCUGCGAUCGGAGCGUUCCGGUCGCUUUGAUCAGGAGCCAGCUGGCCAAAAAUCAAUGAACCACUGGCGCUCUGAAUCAACUAGUCAUACGCAAUGGGAACGUCGUUGUUGUGUAAUGUUACUUUAAGAAAACUUGCAGCUGGUCCCGCGUGUCGGGUCGCCUGACUAAUCGAAACGCCGGCCUUAACAACGCUCUGUCCGACAUUAAUCGAUUGUUAACACGCGGGAAGGCAAUGUUAACUGUAGAAGCAAAGCUAUAUGAUGUUUCGGCAAAAUAUUUUCGUUCCCUUUAUAAGAUAGCGUGCAAUUAUUUUGUUGAACCGUUGAAAGAAAUAUCGGACACAGUGUUGCUUGGUGGAUAAGAAACAGAAGUAUGAAGUGAUUAUGGAACUAGCGUUUAUAGAGCAAUUGUAUUCAAUCGUGCAAUAUUUUGCCAACCUUUAUUAGCCUAAGCCAGUAAUAUGUCGAGUCCUAUUUUAAUGAGGUGGUCUAAUAGUUCUCUGUCAUUAUCCGGAAAUUACGAGGAUUUAUUUUCGAGAUCAUCACCGGGCUAAAAUUAGAAGUUCCUGGCACAGCCUGUACGUGAAACAGAAUUGUGCCUUAUAUUUGAAUAUUACCAUCUUUUCGACGUCUAGAGGUAUGUGGGAAUCGAAUUGUUUGACUGCUCGAAAUUCAAUGCUUUGUUCAAAAAUAUAUUUCAUGGAGUUAUACAACCCGAGAUAUGUAUUUUUCUAUAUGAUCCAUGUUACAUCGAUUCAGUGCAAUAAUUGUGUGUAAGUCUGGAGAAAUGUUUGAAAUUGAAGCAAUUGUAGAAUCCUGCACGCCGCUGACGAUAUCUUUUGUACACGGGAAAAACUACGCUGAAACAGUAAUUUUAGAAAAGCUACAAGAAAAAAGUUUAUAAAAUUUAGUAUAUAGAUAUCGAGACUUGAUUGACUGCAGGUAGGCGGUCCAAAACCGAUGCUUUGCAUUUUCAAUAAAUCAAUAUCACCGUGUACAAAAAUCGACUAGAAAUUAGAACAGUGCAAUUUCUUAGAGCAAUCCUAAGUGCCUCUUAAAUUAUACCAAAUGUUUUAAACUAAAUAUUACAAAGUAAAGCAACCAUGUAUUUAUUAGUUAAUUUUUGUUACGUUUCUAUGUUUAAUGUGCGAGAAGAACAAAUCAAGAAGUGCCAAAAUAUUUUUUAAUCUUUAAGAACUAGAGAAAAUAUAAUAUGUUAUUUUUCAUGUG